GGUAAUACUUGCGGAAGUGAGAAGGACAGUGUAAGGUUGAGUUAUGUUAUCUCAGUAGUGAUAUUAGCGUACGCAAUCUGUGCUGUUUGGAUCCCUCAGCAAGCAUGGCAGAUCUUCAGAACAUCUCUGGUGGUAAAGCAGAGCUCCAGCCUGAAGCCAUUACUGAUAUUGGUGUGCUGGCAUCCAAGAAAGAACCUCCAGCAGGCUACUAUAUUGUUGCACAAACAACAGAUGGCUUCGACGCCAACCUGUGGAAGGACAGCAUAUUCAAAUCCAAGGUCACACGCUAUCUUUGCUUCACCCAAGCUGCCACCUCCAAAAAUGAGCAAUUAUGCAACGUGGUCGUUGACGUGAAGUUGAUCGACUUGAAGGACUGUUUGCCAGAGGGCUUCACUCCGAUCCAAGACACCACGGAUACCCAGGAGCAGGCUUUGAGGAAGGAGAGACUGUGUGUGAAGUUGGUCCCCAGGCACAGCACUGAUACGGCUAUAUGCGAUGUGGUUAUACAGGGGAAAUCAAAGCAGAGCCUCACUAAUUAUACAUUUAUAGGUGAGCUGAAUGGUUUGGGGAUUUGGUAUCAGCUGGGAAAAGUCACUAAGUCACAGGAUACAGUGCACAAAACCCCCUCUACCUCUGGUGUUGCCAGACAAUUCCCAGAGUCUCCGGCCUCCAGUCCUACUAAAAAGAACAUGGUCAGGCCAGACUAUGAACACCAAAUCUACAACAUCUACACCAAAUCAGCUAUGGAUGAUAUACCCUUUAUGAUACAAAAAUCUACCUCCACAUCCAGAGAUGAAGUAAGUCCAGUCCAUUUCUUGAACAUUACCAUCAAAUCACCACAAGAGAUCGAAGAGGAAUACAACUAUUGUUUCAACACUGAACACAGCGCUGCAGCCUUCACAUGGACUCAGUGACUUUAGAGAGUGGGAAUUCACCAUUAACACUGCUAUAAGGAAUCAAACAGUAUAGUGAGACUAACUAACUAAUCUAACUGAGAAUCCAAAGAUCAGGGCUUAUACACACUAUUGCUUUCUUCUUCCUUGUCUUAUUGGGAACUGUUUUAUUUUCAAAAAACUCCCUCCAUCCUUGUGCCAUAUAAAGACUUUACAUGAUCAACUCAAAUGCAUAAAAAGUCCUCCUUUCAAUGUUUUUCUUAUUGAUUAUCUUGUUUCAGGUGAGCUGGGUUGUAAUCAGCUUAAUUUUUAAUUUAAUUUUUACAUUUAAAUGUUCUCAGGGAGAUGUUCAAGAUGUUUUUAUUUUUAUUUUUUAGUAAAGAUUUUUAUUGAUGUGGUCUGCCAUAAAAUAUCCUAAUUUAAAAUGACCUAUUUUUAUUUAUUUAUUUAUCUAUUUUAACAUUUGAUUUUUAAAGGACAGUAACUACACUCAAAUUGUACAUGAACAGAAAUUGCCAUUGAAUAUCAUUUUAUUUAAUUUGAGAAGAAAAUUAAAGUUUUUUUUAUUAUUAUUAUUUGAAUGUCACAUUAUACUUUCAAAAAAAUAAAAAAUAAAUAUA